GAAGGCGUGGCCUCGGGGUACGGGCGACAGCAACGCUGGGUCCAGGCUGUACAGCGGGACGCGAUGGCCGCGUGGGCCGAGCGGCUGGCGGGCGUGCGGGGAGUACUACUUGACAUCUCCGGCGUGCUGUACGACAGCGGCGCAGGCGGUGGAGCCGCCAUUGCUGGAUCUGUGGAGGCGGUGGCGAGACUGAAGCGGUCCCCAUUGAAGGUGAGAUUCUGUACCAAUGAGUCCCAGAAGUCCCGGAGAGAGCUGGUGGGGCUGCUUCAGCGACUAGGGUUCGACAUCUCAGAAGGAGAGGUGACUGCUCCUGCCCCGGCCACCUGCCAGAUCCUGAAGGAGCGAGGCCUGCGGCCACACCUGCUCGUCCAUGACGGGGUUCGCUCAGAAUUUGAUGACAUUGACAUGUCCAACCCAAACUGUGUUGUGAUUGCGGAUGCCGGUGAAAGCUUUUCCUAUAAAAACAUGAACAGAGCCUUCCAAGUGCUAAUGGAGCUGGAAAACCCUGUGCUCAUAUCACUGGGAAAGGGACGCUACUACAAGGAGACCUCUGGCCUCAUGCUGGAUGUUGGAGGCUACAUGAAGGCACUCGAGUAUGCCUGUGGUAUCGAGGCUGAAGUGGUGGGGAAACCUUCCCCUGAGUUCUUCAAGUCUGCUCUACAAGCCAUCGGGGUGGAAGCUCACCAGGCCGUCAUGAUCGGCGAUGACAUCGUGGGUGACGUCGGCGGGGCCCAGAAGUGUGGAAUGAGAGCAUUGCAGGUGCGGACCGGGAAAUUCAGGUCCUCUGGGCACCUGGAUUCCCUGUUUUCGUGCUUCUCAGUGGAGCAGAUGUGACUGAGGCAGAGGCUGGCCCACCAGAAGUCCCUGGAGAGCCACAAGGCCCAGCGAUGAACAUCAUCCAGAAGUAAAGGCUGAUGGGUACGUGGACAACCUUGCUGAGGCUGUGGACCUGCUGCUGCAACACAUGGACAAGUGACAGGCCAUCAAAGCCAGUGGACAAGUACACCACCCUGUGUCCCCCUCCCCACACCUCCAGGCCCCAGGCUACCCAUAGCUCAGCUAGCCCUACCCUCUGCCCACUGCUAGCAUGGGCGGGUGCAGGAAGUUCUGGGAUGCUUGUCCCUGGGCCAGAGCUAGACAUCCCCUUCCUCAGCCUCUCUCCCCAACCUCUGGCCUGCUCCCCUCCCUGGCCCAUGCCAUGUUCCCCAUAGUGACAUCCAGGAAGGCAGAAGAGACCUGUUAGUCCUCCAGAAAACGAAACCCUCGGACAUGGCUGGAAGGUCCCUCUGAGACCAGGUCCCUGAGUUCCUUCAGUUACCAUUGGCACGUGGUCCUUUCAUUGGCACCAUCCAGUUGGAUGAGACAUGUUGACUCCUCUCUCCGAUAUGAGCGAGGAACCUACAGAAAACCCAGGGGCAUGCCCUGUACAGUCCUGGAAGCCCAGCGCUGAGCCAGCCUACCCACAACUCACAGCCCUGUGUGGCUCCAGGCAGUGAUUGAUUAGCACUCUGCCCCCUACCGCUUCCCUAUGGCAGUCCAAUGCUCUCCCUGUCCCCACGAGUUACCCAGAUAUGGGCAACUUAGGGCAACCGACAACUACUCUCCCACAGAGCGGAAAUGUCCACUUCUAUAGUCAAGGCUGCAGGUACAGGAAGUACCAUGGAGUCAGGAUGCACAGACUUGAAUGUGUUGUGCCCAGUGCACAGAACAAACUAAUAACUCAAUAAACAAUCAACAGUC